GUGGCUGUCCUUCCUUACUGUAAGCCGCUCCUCAUUGGCCACCGUGAGCCCCUCUGCGAGAAGGAAAUAUCACCAGGGAAACUUCUUCUUGCUGCCUGUGUGCAUGUUUUCCUCCGUGCCAGGGUUAUUUUUAAAUAGCGUUUGGCUUCCUGCUCAGACUGAAGUCUUCAAGCCACAGCAUCCCUGUUUUGUUGUUUUCGGGAUUUGGCAGUUCAGAGAUCCUGUAAAGCUCGCUGCAAUGUUCUCUUCUUCUCCUCUCUCACAGUUUCACUGCAAGCUCUUUGCAAAAAUGGGGGAUGACAGACCUUUUGUGUGCAACGCUCCCGGCUGUGGACAGAGGUUCACCAAUGAGGACCACUUGGCUGUACACAAACACAAACAUGAGAUGACCCUGAAGUUUGGACCCGCCAGGACUGACUCUGUUAUAAUUGCAGAUCAAACACCUACCCCCACUCGUUUUCUGAAGAACUGCGAGGAAGUCGGCCUCUUUAAUGAACUUGCUAACUCUUUCGAACAAGAUGACGAUGAAAAAAAGGCAAAAAACUCUCUUCCAGCAGCCAACUCUGUGGCUGUGGACAUGAGCCUGCAGACACCCUCAGAUGUGAAGGUGAAACAGGAGGUGCCUGUAGAAGUGGACUCCUCACCUCCAGGCAGCCCAGAAUCGAUAUCUGGAACCUCGGACAGCAACCAGGAGCCCAUAGUUAGAGUAAAGGACACCCCUCCUAGGAGUUCAGCUCCCACUCCAACUAUUGUUCGCCCAGGUUCUCUCCCACUACAUUUGGGCUUUGAUGCUCUUCAACCCACCAUGCCAUCACCCACCUCUGUCAUCACACAGGCACCACCUUCAAAUCGCACUUUGGGUUCUCCAACGAGCCAUUACCCGAUGAUGAUGCUUCCCUCGGGUCAGGCUGUACCUGUGCUUCCCGGUCCUGUCCAGAUUCCCUCCGUCAUUAAUCUCGCUCGACCCAUGUGUAUGGUACCCAACAUUCCUGGAAUCCCUGGUCCUCCUCUGGGAGGCAGCAGCAGCGGCUCCAACUCCCCCUCUGGCUACAGCAUCCACUCAGAGGCCAAGAUGCGUCUGAAAGCAGCGCUGUCGCAGCAGAGCCCAUCAGGACAGCAUCUGGGUGCCAUGGUAAUGGGCAGCAGCCCCAUGGUCCCUCAGAAGGCCGAGCAGAGCCAGCUUUUGGUCCAGCAUCCAGAUGCCCCAUCGCCUGCACAACCCCAGGUAUCGCCGGCACAGCCUACAGGUGGGCGUCGACGGCGAACGACAGAUGAUGACCCAGAUGAGCGAAGGCAGCGCUUCCUGGAGAGGAAUAGGGCGGCGGCAUCGCGCUGCAGACAGAAACGCAAACUGUGGGUCAGUUCUCUGGAGAAGAAGGCCGAGGAGCUGAGCACUCUCAACGUCUCGCUGUCGAAUGAGGUUUCACUGCUCCGUAACGAGGUGGCACAUUUAAAGCAGCUUCUGCUCGCCCACAAGGACUGCCCUGUAACCACCCUACAAAAGAAGACUGCCUACUUAGCUGCAGAAGACAGCCUAAAGGACACAUCAGAGCCGACAGGUUCUCCUGCCCCAGUGAUCCAGCACAGUUCUUUGGCACCCAGCCCCUCAGUGGGUCAAAACGGCUUAAGCACAAGAGCUGCAGCUGAGGCCAUGGCCAUGUCAGUGCUAGCAGGAAUGGGUCAGCACCAGAGGGUAGAGGGUGGACCCUCUCACAUCAUCAUGGCAGCACAGUCUCAGUCUGCUGCGAGAUGAUGAGCAGCACCACCACCGGCCCAGACUUGGUUCAUUACCCAGGGGUAGAAAAAGACUCCCAUUAUCUACAGCCUUUAGGUCCAAAUUUCACAUCUCCUCUCUCCGUCUCUCCUCCUUUCAUCCUCCUGUGGAGCCUUCAAGCUGUGGCCUGGAGCUCAGCAGCAUCGGCAGCGUUCUGGGAAUGGUCUGAGACUUUUAGUGAGAGCUUCCUGUUAACUUUGCCAUAAACUACAGGGGCUGGACUCCGAUAUCCCUUUUCCUCUUUGCCUCUUCUGCUCAUCUCUCCUCACCCUUGGUGAAAACAAACUUUUCAAAAGACUUAAAGGACGUGCAUUGACCCCCUGCCUUGAUAAUGGACUUCCUAUGUGCACAGUUUCAGACUCAAAGGAGUUGCAUAAAAAUUGUUGAUCAAAUCAGAUCCAGAGGAUCUGAUUUGAUCUACAAUUUGUAACCAUGAUCUACAUUUGUAACCAUGCUAACACCCACACACCUUCAGCUCAGUUGACGAGAACAACCGUCUCAAGUUGUUCUGAUUCUGAUCACCAUCUUGUUAACUGUUCCACAUCAGCAUCAUGGACCCAAGCACGUUACCUCAUAUUACCCCUUUAUGUUAAGACUUAUUAGCUGCGUGCUAUUGUAUGCUUAUGUACACUAGAACAUAAGUGGUUACAUUAGAUUUGGCGCCUUGUUAUAUGUUGUUUGCAUGUGACCUUUCCUGAACGUGUGUGCAGCUAUGUGUUUUCCUCGAUGAAACUGGCACAUCCUCCAAUAUUGGUCUCUACAACUAAAAUACAUUUGAUUGUACUUUCGAUUUUUAUCUUUUUUCUAAGCUUUCCAUUUACCCUGAAAGGAAUUCCUCCUCCGCUGUCCUUCAUAUUUCCCUAGAAAUCAGAUAGUUGGUGGCCUUUUAUUCACCUUAUAUGAAAUUACUCUCACUGCGUUUCUGUGAGGCUCCAGGAUUUUAUGUAACUGUUUUCAUACUUCUCAGGAUGGCGAUCAUCCUUGCUGCUUGUCGGAAGUGUGACGACCCCCCCCACCCCUCUAGUCUCUGCUCUUUACCAAACCUAAACUAAGCCAUAUUCUCUGGGUCUCCAAAGACCACCUGGUACUUGUUUUGAGACAGGAAGUAAACAGUCUGUUAUUUGGUGUUCCAGUGACAGAAUCUAGUCUAUCACUACUUGUUUCUUGCACUUUGACACGAUCUCUCACACACAUCUUUGUUUGCCUUAAGAUCACGCGUGCCUCUGAUACUUCCGCUUUGAUAUUUAAAAAUCGAAUGUGCAAAUACAGAUGUGAUGCUUCUGGCUGGGUUCUAACAUUACUCGACAGUUUUAUUAUAUAAUUGCAUUGACAUACUGUAUUUCCAGUAAAGAAAUGGGGAAAAAUACUUGUUCCUUUCUGUCAUCUGGUGGAGAAACAAAGAAAAUGUUUUUCUUGUAAAAGCUUUAAGAACAGAAACAUCUGAAAUAUUUUUUUUUUUUUAAUAUUUCCAAGAUAUUUAACUAUGUAUUUUUGCAUAAACACACAAAUAACAUGCUUUUCCUUUUUUCACUUGUGCUUUCCUUUUCUGCUACGGUGAUCAUAUAUUUGCAAGAUGCUAUUUUGAAAAGCAAAGUAUCUAUCAUAUUGAUCUUUUUAAAAAGCACUAAAGUAAGACUUUAUUGUGGCUUUGUAUCUCUGUUCGUGCAUUUCUUUUGUUUCUCAGAACAGGACAGUUUUUUGUUCUUUCCAAAAUUGUACUGUAGAUGUGAAUGGGGAAUUUUCUCACCAACUUUAAAACUUUAUGCUGCGACUGAACCUCUCAUCCUACAGUCCCAAUGGCGACCCUAGCUUUUUUGUUUUACUUGCUGGCGCUAUAUACACAGCUAGCAGUCCCAUAUAGAUGAUUGUUUAUAUGAAAGAAAUUUUAAACUACUAUAUCGCUCAUUAUUUUCUGGAUUCUCAUUUGUGUGAUGGGCACCUUUUUCUGUCAUUUACUGUUCUUUGUCGUUGUGUAGUGUUGUAAACACUGUACAACCUUUCUCAUACUGCUUUUGAUUGUACUGAUGAAUAUAGAGUUAUUUCAUUUAACACUGUUUUUAUCAGUUUGUAUUCUCUAUGGAAGAAACGUUGACUCUUUUUACAAAAAGAAGUCUCCAGCUUUAGUUUAAUCUCUUUAGUAAAUGUCUGGCCAUGUCUUUUUCACUGUCCUUGUUUAACUUAUUUUUCUAAAUUGGUCAAUUUACAUUUUAUUUUUCAGUCUCUGCCUUAUUAUUCAUAUUCAAAUUGCUAUGAAUUUACAAGUUGAAUGGAAAAAAUACAAGGUAACAGUUUCGCAUUGUGUAUUUCUUUUUUUUUUUUCACACUCCCAUUGCCAGAUGGAUGAUUUUUAGAAAAUGUUUUAUUGUACAUAUCUGUACUAUAUGAAUAUAUUUACUUUUCCAUGCAUGUCCAAGUGGAAUAUCAUGAACACUUUAAAGUGCUGCAGUUUUAAUUAAAGAAACUACA